CCUGCUUCCGAGCCAAUGGUGUGAGUCACCCCUCGACGUCAGGCACCAGAGAAGGCUCUGAUUGGCCCGUGGGGCGUUUACUCCACUUCCCAAAGGAGGAAAGAGCCGGGGAGCCCCCAGAGGGGGGAAAAGAGGGGGGCGGCUCCGCAGCGCCUCACUCGCGCAGUCCCCGAGUAGGGCCGGGCAGAGGCGCAGCGCAGCUCCCCGGGCGGCCCCGCUCCAGCCACGCUCCGCACUCGCGAUGGCUUCUCCUUCCAAAGCGAAGGAGGUUUUUUCCUCCGACGAGGAGGGCCCGGCGGCCGGAGCCGAGGAGCACCACAAAGUCAAGGUGUCCAGCUUGCCGUUCAGCGUGGAAGCCCUCAUGUCCGACAAGAAACCCCCUAAAGAGCUGCCGCUGGCCGCGGCGGGGAGCAGCGCCGACGGGGCGACAGUGGGCACCUCCAGGAACAUGCUGCUGCCGGGCCACGGCUCCCGGGACGCGCACAGCCCCCCCGGGGCUCUUACAAAAACCUUCGACACCGCUUCGGUCAAAUCGGAGAAUUCGGAGGACGGCACGUCCUGGAUCCAAGAGGCCGGGAGAUAUUCCCCUCCGCCAAGACACCUGAGCCCUACAGCCUGUACCCUGAGGAAGCACAAGACGAAUCGGAAGCCCCGCACCCCAUUCACCACUUCCCAGCUGCUGGCCCUGGAGCGCAAGUUCCGCCAGAAGCAGUACCUGUCCAUCGCCGAGCGAGCCGAAUUCUCCAGCUCCCUCAACCUCACAGAGACACAAGUCAAAAUCUGGUUCCAGAAUCGCCGCGCCAAGGCCAAGAGGCUGCAGGAGGCUGAGCUGGAGAAGUUGAAAAUGGCAGCCAAGCCCAUGUUGCCGUCGGGGUUCAGCCUCCCUUUCCCCAUCAACUCCCCCAUCCAGGCCGCCUCACUGUACGGAACAUCCUACCCUUUUCACAGACCUGUGCUUCCUAUCCCACCUGUUGGACUCUAUGCUACUCCUGUCGGAUAUAGCAUGUACCACUUAUCCUAAGGAGAUCAGAAAGGCACAGUGACAGCGAGACAGACUUCCUGGUGGAUCUCGUCCAGCCCCAAGAAUGCAGUACCCAACCGGUACUGGCUGUUCUUUCUGCACACUUCUAUCUACCACCCCGAGUGUACAGGAGUUUGCGUUAGCAAAGCAAGGCAUCCUGUAUGCAACAGGCUGGGUGUCUUCUGAGAGCGCUCUGAGUGCUCAAAGUCUGAUCCUCAAAGUGUUUUAAAAAGAAAAAAAAAAAAAGAAAAAGAAAAAAAAAAGUAAAAACGAUUUAAAAAAAAAAAUCGAGCAACUAUAGGGUUUUUAUACGGUGCAUGUAAAAUUAGGCUAAGAAAGAAUGGGUGAAAAAGAACAAUCUUGCCUUACGGAGGCAGAGAUUUCCCAACAGUUUCCUGCUGGGACCCGAGCUGUGUUUAAAGUAAAAGGGGUACGUGCCCUAAAUCCACACUCUCAAGUGUCAUCAUUUAAUAUGGGGGCAAGGGAAGAGAAAUAAAAAGCUAUAAGCAAGGUGUGUUGGGGGGGGAUGGAAGGAGGGGUUGUCUUUUUGCUGUCGUUUAAAGAAAGCAGAGCCCUUAGAUACAGACACCGUGUAAAUAGAAACUUGACCCAGUAGAGUCCAAGUAAAGUUCAGAGCCAGCAAGUUCCUGCAUUACUAAGGGUAAAGAAAGCUUUUCACAUCCCAGACCUCCGCAGACCUUUAGUAACAAGAUGAACACCGGGGCCCCUAAAUGCUUGGAGGAAAGAAAGGGCUUUACCCACCAGUGGCUCUUGUAAUGCCUUUGUGUGUGUAAAUCGCUUCAGCGUUUUUAAAGCACUGUGAGGAGAGGUGAAGUGCAAGGCAGGCUGCUCUUUAUCUCUUCCGAUUGGCGCUCGUAGAGUUUUUGUUUUUUCUUAGAGCCAGGUAAUCUUGGCUCUGGGAUCCUUCUU